AUGAGACCCAUGCAAUCGGGGGGAGUGCCGUCUCUGGAAAAUACUAAGUUCUCACUAAAUGGUGACCAAACGUCUUUUAAUAACUCCGGUUUAAUCUCAACUUCUGGAUGUCAUGUUCAAGAAACAGGAUCCUACAGAAAGAACCCUGUUCAUACGGAUGGCUUAAGUCCUCUUAGAUCAAUUGACGAAAAUUCAAUAUGUUUGGACCAUCAGUCUAGUGAUAGUUCCUACGACAGGACCUUUGAAACGAUUAAUUCACAAACUGGAGGAGUUACAAAGUUCGAAGAGGAUACUUCAAACGUUCACAAUGCAGGUGCUGGAUUUUCCACCAUUCUGAAAAACAAUUCGAGCUUGCUACCAGAUAUGUCGCUGGAUGCUAAGACUCAUACUGGAAUGCACGAUCGUAUUAUUAAAAGUACUAACUCUUCCAGUGGUCAUUUAUUUUACGACACAGCAGAACCUAACUUUACAGAUCAUGAAAAGCUCAAUUUAACACCAAGAGCAGGUUCAAUUGAGAACCAAGUGACAGACAAUAUCAGUUCACCCGGAUGGCCCGGUCUAACACAAAGUUUUUCUAGUGUUCGGGAGAAACGCCGAUACCCGCGAAGAUUUGAUAGAAUAGGACUAGCAUGUGACCUUGCAGUUGAUGAGUUCGGAAAGCUUGAUGAUUCACCUAAUUCUAGUGUCAAUGCAACGCUGGGGCAUGGAUUUGACGAUCAAACGUAUGAAUUUAGUGGAAAUCCGAAACCUGGAGAUACUACCGACCCACCAGAUGAUGAUGAAGAUUACAAGCGUUACUGUAUAUGCCGAGAUGUGAGUUAUGGUGACAUGAUAGCAUGCGACGCCCCAGACUGCCCCUUCGAAUGGUUUCACUACGCUUGCGUGAACCUAACCGUUGCACCAAAAGGUCGGUGGUUUUGUCCUACUUGCGCUAAAUCCUUAAAUAAUAAGAAAAGCAUCAAAAAAAGUUCAUCUAGGAAAUAAUGAUUGCUUCAGAUGUUCAGGGAACGCAAAAGAAC